AUGUCUGCCCGCCGUCCUCAUGGACAGACUUACGCCGACGUUGCGGCUAAGCCUACAACCAACGACUCGGACGUGACCCCUGCUGUUCCAUCAGAUGUCAUCUACAAGCUGCUUGGCUUCACGGCCGCCAUGGCCUUCCUGCCCAUCGGAAUGUAUUUUCUGACAGUGAAGACAAUCUUCUCAGUUAACCAUGAAUCAGGGAAUGCGACAUACUCCGGUAUUACUGCUGCUAUUACGGCUAACGUGGUCUUGUUCGCCUACAUCUACGUGGCCUGGAAGGAAGACCAGGGUGACAGGGAAGAAGCAGAGAAUUCCAAGUCGAAGAAAGCACAGUAG